CAGGGCAGGGCGAGGCCCGGGGGAUGGCGGCCCCCGCCCGGCGCGGCGCGGCGCGGCAGUGCCACAGCGGCGGCGGCAGCAUGCGGGCGGCGGCCGCGGACGUGGCGGGCAUCCUCAUCCUCUGCCUGGCCUCUGCGGCGGCCGCGCUGGACUUUAAGUACCACCACACCGCGGAGCUGGAGCAGUACCUGAGAGGGGUGCAUGCCGCCUACCCCUCCCUCACCCACUUGCACAGCAUCGGGCGGUCGGUGGAAGGUAGAGACCUGUGGGUUCUUGUUCUGGGAAGGUUUCCAACCCAUCAUAAGAUUGGCAUUCCAGAGUUCAAGUAUGUUGCUAAUAUGCAUGGGGAUGAGACUGUUGGGAGAGAAAUCCUGCUCCAUUUGAUCGAUUUCCUGGUGACCAGCUAUGGACGUGACCCAGUCAUUACCCGCUUGCUCAAUAACACCCGGGUUCAUAUCAUGCCAUCCAUGAAUCCUGAUGGAUUUGAAGCUACAAAAGUGCCUGAUUGUUAUUACACACGAGGAAGGUACAACAGGAAUGGAGAAGAUCUGAACAGAAAUUUUCCCGAUGCCUUUGAAAACAACAGCGCCAAGAUUCAGCCAGAGACUCGAGCAGUAAUGGACUGGAUAAAAAAUGAAACGUUUGUUCUCUCAGCAAACUUGCAUGGGGGUGCCCUGGUUGCCAGUUACACCUUUGAUAAUGGUAACCCAGUUACUGGCUCUUUGAAAGGCUACAGCAGAUCUCCAGAUGAUGAUGUCUUUAUUCACCUGGCAAAAACCUAUUCUUCCAACCAUGCCAGCAUGUACAAAGGGAUGGGGUGUGACAACAGGCAAACCUUCCCAGAAGGCAUUACCAACGGGUACUCUUGGUACCAGCUGGAAGGUGGAAUGCAAGAUUACAACUAUGUCUGGGGACAGUGUUUUGAAAUUACACUGGAGCUGUCAUGCUGUAAAUAUCCUCCAGAAGACCAGCUGGGAAAGUUCUGGAGAGACAACAAAGUUGCUCUGAUCGAAUAUAUCAAACAAGUACACCUAGGUGUCAAAGGCCAAGUUACUGAUAAGAAUGGGAAUCCUAUUCCAAAUGCCAUUGUGGAGGCCAAAGGAAGGCCACAUGUCUGCCCCUACAGAACAAAUGAACAAGGGGAGUACUUUCUUCUCCUUUUGCCUGGGACAUACGUGAUCAAUGCUACCGUACCAGGAUUUAAAUCCAUGCUGAAGACAGUGGAAAUACCUGACAACACUGGAAACUUCAGUGCUUUGAAGCAGGAUUUCUCUUUCCCAGAGGUCUCAGCUAAGAUCAGCUCAAGAGUUGCUUCAUGUCCCAAAACUCCCCUCUACCAAGAGCUCACACGGGCUUCAGCUGCAGUAAAACCAACCAUACAUGUCUUGGCUUUAAUGACCAUUAUGCUUGCAAUUUUCAAAUAAAGUCAGGAAUGACAAAGGCAAAAUCUUCCUGCACAAAUGUGGCUUUUCAGAGAAGGAAUUGCAUAUGCAAAAGAAAGUAUGUUUUUAUAAACCAAAUUCUCAGAUUCACAGUCAUGUUUACUGUAUUUUGUAAAAUACUUGUUUGACAAUUGAAUGUUUACUUUACUUAUAGUAGACAUAUUUUUAAUUGUAACAGACUAUCAUAUUUUUCUAUGUAAAUAUUUUACUGUGAAGAAAUUUCAUACACCCUAUACAGAUAACUGUAGAAUUUUGAUACAGAAAAUUCAAAUACAUUUUGAAGAUUUCUCCCAAAUUCAAAAACAUUGAGAAUUGUACUGCAAUUUUUCAUGCAAGCUCAGGCUCUUCACUGAGCCAACAGCUCAGGUGCCACACGACUGUAAGUCAUCAGCUCAAUACUAAUUUCUCAUAAUAAAGCCACUGAUAUAAAUGAAGAA